AAAUAAUACUCCAGUUGAGAAGAAAAUUAAUCAGUGGAGAAUAAAAGGACCAAAAUUAUCUUCACGUCACAACAAAAUUCAUAAAGUGCCCAAAAUUCGAAAUUUGCAGUCUCCAAGGCAAAAGAGAGACUGCGUAGGGUAGGGCUUCAAAGCUUCAAGCUAAAAAUUUGAGAAGAAAAAGAGUAAUUCGCACUUGAGAAAAAAAAGAUACAGAAAAAUGAAGGGAGAAGGUGGGCACGACGACAGCGAAGAGAACUUCGGCACCUGCCUGAGCAGCGUACUGGACAACGGGAGCAUCGACAGCCACCGAUUCUAUCUGGCCCGGAGGACGAUGCUCGAGAUGCUCAAAGACCGUGGUUUUGCGGUCCCCAAUUGCGAAAUCGAGGUCUCGCUCGAGGAAUUUAGGAACAAGCAUGGGCAGACGCCGGAGGCCGAUGAGUUGAGGAUCUCCGCUCUUCACAAGGACGAUCCUUCGAUUAAGGCUAUGGUUAUAUUCUGUGGUCAAACCAUCGUUAAGGUUAAUGUUAUCCGUGGCAUUUCGUCUAUGAUAGUUAAUAAGGAUAGCCUUAAUCGGCUGAUUUUGGUGGUGCAUAACAAAAUAACCAACCAGGCCAUGAGAGCCGUGGAACUUUUCCCUUUCAAAGUUGAAAUUUUCCAGAUCACUGAUUUGCUCGUCAACAUAACGAAACAUGAGUUGAAGCCAAAACACCUAGUGUUGACCAACCAGGAAAAAGAAGAACUACUCAGAAAGUACAGCAUUACCGAAAAGCAGCUUCCUCGGAUGUCACAUAAAGAUGCCAUUGCCCGUUACUAUGGUCUCGAGAAAGGUCAGAUAGUAAAGGUCACUUACAGUGGUGAAUUGACCCAGUUACACGUGACUUACCGUUGUGUCUGGUGAAUGUAUAUUCACUAUUUUGACUUUUUACUGCCGUCUUCCUUAUCUAUCUGGAUAAUGCUUCUGUAUGUUAGAUGACCUUUUGCUCAAUGUUGAACUAAUUUUAAUAUCCUUUCAUAUCCUUAGUUUUUGUGGCUUGUCUCGUGUAAUGACAUGGUUUUUUGCUGCAUUCAACGAUCUUUACUGAUGUUCUAACUGUUAGUGUUCUUGUACAAUGAAAUAUUUUCCAGCCCUUUGAAUGNGCUUAUUAUCAUUAAAUGGAUUACAAA